CAGUGUGGCAUUGAUUUUACGUUCUUAUGCUAUUUCGUCCGCGACGUCGAAUCAGAGGAAGACACCAACAAGGAAGAGGAGGAGACAUCUCAGAGACCUCCGCCUGCUCAUGAUACUCAAGUCGAAAACAUCGAAAAGGCAACUGAUGACCAUGAAGAUAUACUUCGAAUUCUUAUCGCUAGCGAUAUUCAUGUUGGCUAUGGAGAGAACAAACCAAACCUGUAUCUCGACUCAGUCAAUACAUUCGAAGAAGUACUGAAGAUUGCAACAGAAAAGAAAGUAGACAUGGUUCUGCUAGGUGGAGACUUGUUCCAUGAAAAUAACCCGUCGCGUGAUAUGCAGCAUCGCGUAAUUCAACUCCUUCGUCAGUACUGCCUCAAUGACAGGGAGGUACGACUCGUCCGUGGCGCUAGAGUUUGUUUCCGACGCUUCAGCCUACCGAUCUUCACCAUCCACGGAAAUCAUGACGACACAGCUGGAAAGGGCCUAACAAUACUUGAUGUGUUGCAUGAAGCAGGUUUGGUCAACCUAUUCGGGAAGUUCUCAGAUAUUGACCAAUUCGAUGUUAGCCCCAUACUCCUAAGAAAAGGAUCUACACGUGUGGCCUUAUUUGGUAUAGGAAGUCAAAGAGACGAUCGACUCUGCAGAGCAUUCGCUGGACAUACCAUACGGUUUCUACGACCACGUGCUGGAUAUGAUGAUUGGUUCAAUAUCUUGGUCCUCCACCAAAAUCGUCCAAAAAGGUCGACGCUUCGCUCGACUGGUGCCUACCUUCCUGAACAGUACAUCCCUACGUUUUUCGAUCUAGUUCUUUGGGGGCAUGAGCACGAGUGCAAACCACAUUGCCAGUAUGUAGCGUCUUCUGAUGCAGUUGGUGAUGGUUUUUACAUUUUACAACCGGGUUCAACCAUCGCUACUUCAUUGACAAGAGAGGAGGCGCUGCAAAAGAAUGUUUUUCUCAUCAAGAUUAAAGGUAGAAAAUUUCAAUGCAAACCUAUUCCACUGCAAACAACUCGUCCCAUGGUCGUUGAUGAAAUCAUUCUCGACAGUCUACCAGAAGGCGUACGACUUCCCGCCAACGGUCGAUCUUUUUUUAUUCAGGAUGAAAUGAUAAUAGAUGACAAGAUAAGUGAAAUGAUACGAUGGGCUGAAACUAAUCGUGGACCGCAGCAACCGAAACUUCCGUUGAUCCGGUUAAAAGUGACCUACGCUGGCCCUUGGGCGAUCAUGCAGCCCAUUAAUGCCCGUCAUAUCGGUACCAAGUUCGAAGACCGUGUAGCAAAUGCUCCUGAGAUGGUGGUGACAAGGAGGGUAGGUCUUCUGUGA